CUAGUACUUUGGAAUUUCAUGAAGUUCUCAGGGUGCUCGACCGCAAUUCUAGCAGUUUUGACAUAACAUUUUUAAAAAAUCCUCCGAUUUUAGCUAUUUUGAUUUUUUUUUUUUUCUUAAAAGCGCUGACCCUUUUCCACAGGGAAACGGGUUUGCCCAAGAAGCGUGAUUUUUUUUUUUACAAACUUGUUUAUUCAUUUAGCCUGGUUUGCCAACUAGCUAGCCAGCUAACCAAGUUGUGAGAGGCGUCACGCAGUACACAAAUGCAGGCCAUUAAGUGUGUGGUCGUGGGAGACGGGGCGGUGGGUAAAACAUGUCUUCUGAUCAGUUAUACCACCAACGCUUUCCCUGGGGAAUACAUCCCCACAGUGUUUGACAAUUACUCAGCCAAUGUGAUGGUUGAUGGUAAACCAGUGAACCUGGGUCUGUGGGAUACAGCAGGGCAGGAGGACUACGACAGGCUGCGACCACUCUCCUAUCCUCAGACGGUACUCAGCCUUCAGCUGACACUGAAUAAUCAGACUGAUAUCACUAAUGUCCAUCAUGACUCUAAUGCUAUUGACGUGUUCUUGAUUUGCUUCUCGCUUGUGAGUCCUGCCUCCUUUGAAAAUGUCCGUGCCAAGUGGUAUCCAGAGGUCAGACACCACUGUCCCAACACUCCGAUAAUUCUGGUCGGGACCAAGCUGGACUUGAGGGAUGAUAAGGACACCAUCGAGAAGCUGAAGGAAAAGAAGCUGACCCCUAUCACGUACCCUCAAGGCCUGGCCAUGGCCAAAGAAAUCGGUGCAGUGAAAUACCUGGAAUGUUCAGCCUUAACACAGCGCGGCCUUAAGACAGUGUUUGACGAAGCGAUCCGGGCGGUUCUCUGCCCGCCGCCGAUGAAGAAGAGAAAGAGGAAGUGCCGUAUUCUUUGAAAUGACAACAAAAGAAAGAUUUGCCUGCGUUCUGAGCUUACUUUAGAGGAUGAAUGAAAGUGGCAGAGUUGGUGUUAGGAGGAAGAGGGAAGGCUAUACAAAGCAUAUGCAUCACCAUAUAUAUAUAUAUAUAUAUAUAUACAUACAUAUAUAUAUUAUUCUCCGUAAGUAGAUACCGCAUCAAUAUAUUUAACUUGUUCUUAAGAUCCGCAAGUAUUUUUGGCUCCAGAAUAAAGGGGACCGCGCCCUCGUUUGUUUCCCUCACACUUAAAGAUUCCUGUUGCCUUAUAACAAUGUACUUCUUCGUUAAUUUCACUCUUCUAUGGAAAAAUGUACACUAGAUGCUCUUUGUAAUCUUUGUUUUUGCCCCUUUCUCUAUCCCUGAAAAUCAUUUAUUUUAUUUACAGUCUGCAGCUGUUAAAAAAAAACAAAACAAACAAACAAACAAAAACCCGAGCUCUUGCCAAAAUGCAGACUCAUCGGUAGUGGUUGGGUUAGUUGGUUUCCUCAUUCAAUACAUGUACUUUUUUUUUUUUUUUUUGGAUAAGUUUACACCUGUACAGUAUGGAAGUGAAAUGGCGGUCUUGAUGGUAUGGUUUUACAAGGAUAUAACUUGAAUCAAAUGUAGAAAUUAUUUUUCUCUUUAGUUUUUUUAAAAUACCAGCGACAGACCUCUGAAGUUUUGCCAUUAUUUACAUUAUUAUGAAUUGUCUUUUGGAAGCAGGUCAUGUGACUAUGUUUGUUAUUGAACAGACAUCAUGUAAUAUAAAUCUCUGUGCCAGUUAAGCCCUUAUUACCCAAAGUCAAGUCUUGUGAUAGGUGUAUCGAAAGAGUUUGAAGUAUUUUGUAGACCACAGUGCAGAGAGAAGAUGAAAGGUAGGUUUACAAAUCACCUGGUCCUAAAGAAAAAAAACGAUGACUGAACUGUGUUUUCAUGUAGAGGUUUAAGCUUAUCGCAUUAUACCUUUUUAUUUGAUUUGAUUUUUCUUUUCAGGGCUUGGAUGUAAUGCACUGAUUUUUUUUUUUCUGUUUUUCAUAAAGUAUCCAAUAGGCCUUGUUAAUGAUCAAAGGUGUUGCUUCGAGAGACAUUUGCAAGUCAUCCUGUGUUUUACUGCAGUGUCUUGGGUGUCAGGAAAAUGCGGUUAUGUAAGUUUGAACUUUGUUUCACCAGAAUGACGCUUCUACUGUGGUUUCACUAAAAGCUCCAAUGUAUUGAUCGUCACUUCUAAAA